AUGGCGGGUUCUUCCGUGGACAACACGCGUACGGGUGACGCCCCGGCGGCUGAGAGUCGCCAGCUGGGCUCUGGCCACCGCCGGGGGGUCCAGAACCAAAGCCCGCCUCGUGUUGAUGCCGCCGUUGAGGGGUUUACUUCCACCCACAACGAUAGCGGCGAUAUCCCUGGUGACCGUGCCCGUGAGCAGCAACCAGCUCCCAACGCCUCUGCCGGAAUGGAUGCCGCUCUCGAAACGUCCACUGCAGGCAGAAUUUCCACACCCAAUGAACCUGCUGUCAUUCACGCCACAAGGGCCACAACAGGGUCCCCAAAGGAAUCUAAGGAUACUCCUUAUGAACUUUAUAAAUGUCUCAGAAAGCACUGA